AGUCACUUUGAGUCGAGAUAUGGAGCCAAACAAGGGGAAGGCCGCUGGGCCGAGCACAUCAAAGCCGAGGUCCAAGACAUUUUGUACUCUGGAGCAACUACGCACUUGGGUCGUGAACAGCCCAUUGGCCGCCAAGUGUCUGAUUAUCCAUAUGACCAAUGAUCUGGACGAGAUUGUCAAUGGCUUGGAGGCGGUGCGCAAAUCGGAGCGCGACUGGGAUGACGACAAUCUGCGUGCUCUGUUUGUCACUGUUUCCAUGGUGUUCCUGUGUGCUGGCCCAGUCGAGAUGAGUAAGAAUAUGCGUGGCCUGAUCCAUCGUGUGCUGGGCAUGAUGGAUACCACGCAUCCAUUGAGCGUGCAUUGCCAUGUCGACUAUUUGCUGGAUGAGCUGAGGAGAGUGGGCGCCUGCAUCGAGGUGAAUCAGCUUCACCUGGCUCUGGCCCUAAUGCGUGCCAAUGAGGAUGCCUUGCCGGUCGGCGUGUGCAUGCUCUGGGCGGUGAUUGGGCGCAUCCUGACCAUGGAUAUUUCAAUGCAUCGCUUUCACGAUUUCAAGGAGCUGGCCGAGGCAAUAGGAACGGAGGUGCUGUUUGACAUCGCCGAAAUGAACACCAUCCAGUUGGGCGAGCUGAGUGUGCUAUUGGAGUCGGUCAAUCGCAUCUUUCAGCUGGUGGUGCUCACCAACAAUGAACAGCUCAAGGAGGCCGGCUAUCCGGAUCACUUCUUUAAGAUGCGUCACGUCGAUAUUGACUCCAUGCUCGGCUGGGCAGGCAAUGUAAUUUGUCAGGUCCAUCCCGAAGACCAAUUGACUAAUCUGGUUGGAAUACAGUUGACUUCCAUGAUAAAAGCUUUGUCUCGCAUCAAGAAGGAAAUACCGGAGCUAGUCGAAGGAGUGGAGCAGGACGAUCAGGACGACUAGCCUACAACCUAAACCCAUAGCAUAUACCACAUUCAAGUACUAUAUCCGAAUACGCCUCAGCUACAAACGAACAGCAUUAAUAAUGUGAUGAAUAGCCA